AUGGACGGGUGGAACAAGAUUCAGGCCAGCUUUUCGGGCAUCAAUAUCUCGCAGUCUGCAAACAAGUUUGCGAAAGGCUUCAACUCCAGUGUUCAGGCGACGAGAGAGCGGCUUGGUCAAGUUGCACCCGACGAAAUCACUGAAUUGCCCCAAGAAUACAAAGAUUUGGAAGCUCGCGUCGAUGCUCUCCGCAACGCUCAUUUAUCUCUCUUGAAGAUUACGAAGGUUUACGAAUCCGAGACAUACGACUAUCCGACCCAAAUUCAGGAGUCAAUCUCCGAGUUGUCGACUUCAAUUGGGUAUGGGAUAACGAACUUCGCCGCCGCCAACCUUAAGGGAACCAACCUUCCUGCCCCGGCUCCCGCUGCGCCGCCUGCGCACCAGCAUAAGACACUCCCCCACGCCUUGGGCCGCGCUGCCACGUCCGCUGCCCAAGCUGUUCAAAGCGCAGUUCCAGCUGGUGCAGGCACGGAAGAUAAGCUUGGAAGUGGACUUGCUUUGUACGCAAGUGGUUGGGACAAGAUUGCGUCCGCUAGGUUGCACCAGGAUGCUUCCAUUCAAGCGAAUUUCUUGCACCCGUGGCAGCAAACUUUGAACACUUCCAUCUCUGUCGCGAUGAAGGCCAGGCAGGCAGUCAAAGUUAGCCGUCUCGAGCUUGAUGCUGCUAAGCAAUCGUUGAAGACGGCCAGCCCUGCGCGACAAGAACAGGCUCGUCUCGAAGUCGAGAAUGCUGAGGAUGAUCUUGUGCAGAAAACGGAGGUGGCAAUCACGCUUAUGAAGACCGUCCUUGAGAACCCCGAACCCCUCAAGAACCUGAACGAGCUUGUCAAGGCGCAGCUGAUGUUCUUCGCCACAGCUGCGGAGGCCCUGCAAGGCGUGCAAGGCGACAUCGAAGACCUCAGCGUAGCAGCGGAAGGCGAAUACAGAAAGUCUCGCGACCACUGA